AUGGGGGUGGUGAAGAAGCGGCAGCCUCGCUCGGCGAAAAAGCAGCAUCACGACGAAGACACAAUCGUCGUAACGCCCAAGAUCAAGUCGAAGAAACAUCCAAUACCACCGAGGACCGGCAUCGAGAAGCGCAGGAGCUUGGUCUCGAAAGCGCCCCAACUUGCCAACCACAUCCUCAUGAUCUUUGUCGGUCAAUCUGCGGAACUUGUCACCGUUCACUCCAACUUACUCCCUGAUGCCACCCAAGCCCAUAUCAACCAAGUCUGCGCAGGUCUGCCAACAUAUCAGCUACCCGGCGAAGACCCAGAGAUCUUUCACAUCUACCGCUCGUGGCUCUACGACAAGAAGCUCUACACCAUCGCAGACGGAGACAGGGAGCUCGAGCGUGCAGGUCGUAUGUCAGUCCACAAAGACGGCGAAUGGACGCGAAUCGCUCAUUGUUACCUCCUCGGUGUGACUUUGAAGGACGAGCGAUUCGCCAACGCAGCUUUGUCGGGGAUGGUUGAGAAGACAAUCGCAGCAGACAGAUAUCCGACCGGCAUCGCGAGUGACGUCUACGCGCAUACCUCGUCCGGUGACAAGUUACGCAAGCUCAUUGUAGACUUCCAUGUCUGGAAGGGACUUGGUGGCUGGAUCAAAGCGCCCCACGAUGACUCCAAUGGCCCGGUGGAGUUCAUUCGUGACGUCGUCACAAGUAUGGCAGAUGCAGGCGGUCACAUCUAUCGCGAAGACUGCGAGGCGCCGUGGGCUCAAGAUCUAUGUGGUGUCUAUCAUUUGCACGAGGCUUCGGAGAAGUGCAAAGCCUGA